AUGGAUGCUUUGCAAGCAAUACAUCGUGGCCAACUGUUCUUAGCCUGGAUAAAUGAUCACUUGAACGUCCAGUUCAGUGUAGUCGUCAAUGAGUUGGUUGUCAUACCCAAUCCCAUACCAAUUAUUAUUUUAUUCCUGCUGUGUUUGUUUUGGGAUUCAGUGUGCGGAGUGGUGUGUUGUAUUGCUUGUGACAUGAUAAGAAGAACAAUCCACCUGCCAUUUGUUGUAAAUAAAAAAUUCAAUCUCAACAAAAUGUUAUUACACUAUCUAACAUUAAUAAUUACCCUGCUGGGUGUUGUGCUGAACCAACACCAAAGCGUUGCUGUGCUAUCGACGAAUCAACGAAAUCAAAUAAAAACUAGAACUAAAGAUAAUGACAAUAUUGAAAAUGAUUCGCGAUAUAUAUCGUAUCAAGAUUUAUUGGUAACGGCCAAACGUUUCAGUGCACCCGAAACUACAUCCUAUUCGGAGAUGUUGGUUGAUGUGGCCAGAAAUCAAAUUAUAGUUGGUGCAAGAGAUACUCUGUACCGCAUGUCCUUCGAUUUGGAGGUGCUGGAACGGGCCGAGUGGGGCGCGAUGCCAACCCAGAUUUCUAUGUGCCAGGCAAAAGGCCAAUCGGAGCAAGUGUGUCGCAAUUAUGUGCGCGUACUGCAAGCGUACGGUGAGAAUCAGUUGUACGCGUGUGGGACGAAUGCCUUCAAUCCGAAUUGUACAUGGCGCCAGAUGGAAAAUCUAACAGUCACCGGUUAUGACAGCGGUGUGGGAAAAUGUCCCUUCAAUCCGAAAUCGAAUAUAACAAGUCUAAUGACAGACAAUGGCAAAAUGUUUGUGGGCACUGCCACAGAUUUUUCGGGCAGUGAUUUUGCCAUUUUAAAAUCGGAGGUUGUACAGAAUGCGCCCAGCUAUAAUAAGGUCAUACGUACCAAACAGUACAACAACAAUUGGCUAAAUAAUCCCCAGUUUGUGGGCAGCUUUGAGGCUGGCGAUUUUGUGUAUUUUCUAUUUCGAGAACCGGCCAUUGAGUAUAGCCAUAUUGGAAAGGCCAUUUAUUCCCGCAUUGCCCGUGUCUGCAAAAACGAUCCUGGUGGUGAUCAGAUUUUACGUGACAAUUGGACCUCAUUCUUGAAAGCCCGUCUGAAUUGCUCCCUACCUGGGGAAUAUCCUUUCUAUUUUGAUGAGAUCCAGCACAUGGUGUAUAGCUAUGAGGAGGAUGUUCUCUAUGCCACAUUUACCACACCAGAGAAUAGCAUUCAUGGUUCGGCAGUGUGUGCUUACAAUUUAAGUCACAUCAAUGCUGCCUUCGAUGGUCCCUUCAAGCAUCAGGAACACAGUGACAGUCCCUGGAGGGCGGUGCGUUCUCAACACAACAGCCAAUUCCGCUGUAAUACUCCAACGGCCAGCAGCAGAUCGCACACUCACCUCUUAGAAUCCUCCAAAUAUCAGCUAAUGGAUCGAGCCGUCCAACCCAUAACCCAAAUGCCUCUCUAUCAUGCCAAAUUGGAGAGGUUCUCACACAUUGCCAUGGAUACGGUGUAUACGAAGUCGGGAAAAAUUAAUAUUUUAUUUGUAAAUUCCGAUCGUAAUGUUAUCAAGAAGUUAUCGGUAAAAUACGGCGGAGAUGACAAGCCCACCCAAACCUGCCUCGUUGAAAUGUGGAACACUGAGGAUGAACCGAUUUUGAAUAUGAAAUAUUUAAAGGUAACCGAUUCUUUGUAUGUUGGUUCGGAGGGGUCGUUGACGAGAAUACCAGCCGAACAUUGUAGUCGCCAUGUUUCGAAUGAUUCCUGCCUGAAUGCCAUGGAUCCGUAUUGUGGUUGGAAUGCCUUGGUGGAUAGAUGCACACCUCAGUAUCUACGUGAACAUAUGACAAAGUAUUGGCUACAGCCGGAGGAAUUCUCCUGUCCCGUUUUAACCGCGCCCAUAGAUGGUGCCUGGUCGGCGUGGUCGAAUUGGUAUAAAUGUUCGAAGAAUGAUAAUGAUGGUGGGGAUUGUUUGUGCCGAUCGAGGGUCUGCAAUAAUCCAAGUCCCCGCAAUGGUGGCAAAGAUUGUGAGGGUAUAACGACAGAGGUUACGAAUUGCACCGUGCAUGGUGGCUGGACAGAAUGGUCAGCUUGGUCGGCAUGUUCCCAGACCUGUGGCAUGGCUGUGAAGACCCGAAGGCGUAGUUGUAGUAAUCCCAAACCAGCUUUUGGUGGUCGAACCUGUGUAGGAUCGGAGCGAGCGGAGAUGUAUUGCACGAAUCUUCCACCAUGUCCACUGCCAAAACCGGCAAGUGUGGAUGGUGGUUGGGGACCCUGGGGUGAAUGGAGUGAAUGCAGCCAUUUGUGUGGUGGUGGUUUUCGGAUACGUCGCCGUGAAUGCAAUGAUCCUAAACCGCAAAAUGGUGGCACGGAAUGUCCAGGAUGUAACAUUGACUAUGAGGAUUGCAACAUGCAGUCAUGCCCCGAGGUUAAAAAACUAAGUGGUUGGACCCCAUGGCUAAUACAACAAAAUCGCACCGAUGAAGCGGAGGGUGUAACGGUCCUUACGGAGAAACGUUUCCGUUUUGUGUGUCGGGCCAGUACCCCGGAUGUGUCCUCAAUGCACAUUGGGGUGGCCAAAACGGAAAAUCGUAUUUGUCGUGAUGGUAUCUGUCAUCGUCUGGGGGAGGCGAGUAACUCCGAUGAACCGGAAUACAGUGAAUGGGGACCAUGCAACGUGACCUGUGGUGGUGGGGUACAACAUCGUCAUUUGGAAUUCUCCGGUUCGGGUGGUAAACAUCGUGGCAAACAUACCCAAAGUAGAGCCUGCAACAUGCAUCCUUGUCCUGAACCACCGGCCAGUUUUAAUGAGGUUGUGGCUGCUCACGAAUGGAGUUGUUGGACCGAUUGGUCACCAUGUUCGGUCACUUGUGGAGUGGGUAUUAAGCGACGUACUCGCAAAUGUUUGGGUGGUCAUGAUAAGCUAUGUCACGGAAGGGCUAUCGAUGAGGAGAAAUGUGAAAUGAAACCAUGUGAAGAUUUCGUAGGUUGGAGUACUUGGUCAGAGUGGUCGGACUGUACAAAAGAUGGCAUUCGCUUCAGACAUCGCAAGUGUCUGGUAGAUACUCCCAGCGAUACGGAAUGUCGUGGUGAAGAAUUUGAAAAAACUGCUUGUGUGCCAGGAGAAUGUGAAGGUACACAAAUGGCUUCAACAUCAACCGUAGUCUCCAUAAUAUCCAUUGUGAUACUACUGUAUGCUCUCACCAUCUUUAUGACAUUCUGGAUGACGCGGCGCCAUUACAGGCCUCCGGCACCAAUUUUGAAAAAUAAUACCCCCUCACCGACAUCAUAUGACUCGUACCCGAAUCAGUAUUCCAGUUUACCCACCAAAGAUAUUUACGAUGUACGACCGAAGGUAAAGCGGCAAUCUAGUUUCAAUAUGUGUUCAUCGCCCACAUCGAAAAAUUUCAAUACGGGCACCCUGAAUCGAAAUAACAUCAAUCACAAUCACACACCCAAGGUGUUGGCGAAGAGUUUCAAUGACUGUGAAACAGGGACGCUGAAAAGGACAUCGAAUGCGCUGAACAAUUAUCGAUCGAAUAUUGAUGAUGAGAAGUUUUGA